AUGAUACUACCAUGGUUGCUCUGGAUGUUCAAUGGCGGAUUGAUUAUAGGUGCCACUGCCCAGCAAUGUGCCAUGUAUGGGAAUUGCGGAAAGAAAACUCCACUAGGUGUCGAACUGCCAUGUCCGGUUGAUAGAACGAGCCCAUUACAACCGCCGGGCAUUACAAAUGAUCUGAGAGAUCUAUUGGUAUUAACUUGUGGCGAGGAAUGGAAAGAGAUUGAAAAUGUUUGCUGUUCCAUUGAGCAGGUGAAGGCUCUACAAAAUAACCUGAAGAGGGCGCAUGCGCUGAUUGAAUCGUGCCCCGCCUGUGUUAAGAACUUUAACAACAUGUUCUGCCACUUUACAUGUUCUCCACAACAGGCAUCUUUUCUCGACGUAAUUGACACUGAAGUUUCACAAGAAAACAAGAGAAUUGUUAAAGAGUUAAACUUUUACAUGGAUGAGGACUGGGCAUCAGAGUUCUUCAACUCUUGCAAAAACAUCAAAUUUUCAGCUACCAAUGGCUACGCCAUGGAUCUAAUCGGUGGGGGUGCCCGAAAUUAUAGUGAGUUUUUGCAGUUUUUGGGUGACGAAAAGGCUCUUUUGGGUGGAUCACCAUUCCAGAUAAAUUAUAAAUACGCUCAAACGAAAAAAUUCCAGCCUUUCAACAACUCAGUAUACGGUUGUGACGACCCUAUUUACAAAUGUGCGUGUUCAGACUGUCAGGAGUCAUGUCCAGUUCUUAAACCAUUGAAACAGGAGCAUUGCUUCAGGAACGGAUUCCCUUGUUUCAGUAUAGACGUACUCAUAACAUACGUUAUAAUUGCAGUCACACUUCUAAUUUGGUUUAUAGUGAAAAAGUGGAAGUCAAAUGACAUACAAAAUACAGACCAGUUGCUCAAUCCUUCUGCGGGCCAGGACUCGUCGCCAGAAGAUAUGCUGUUUCAAGAUCGAAAAAAAACUAAACUCUAUAAACCAAAUUCACUGAUAUCUAAAGCAGUUGAAAGUGUCGCAAAUAUAGCAGUUUAUCACCCGUACAUUGUUCUAUGUUUGACAAGUAUUAUAAUCCUUUCCUUUGGUGUAUUGCUAUUCUUCUUCGGUAGCCUCGAACAGGAUCCCGUAAACCUAUGGGUAAGCAAAAGUUCUCCCAAAUAUAAGGAGAAACAAUAUUUCGAUGAACAUUUUGGUCCAUUUUAUAGAGUUGAGCAAAUUUUUGUGGUCAACGAUACAGGCCCUGUACUUUCUAACUAUAGCACAUUGGAGUGGUGGUUUGAAGUUGAAAAACAGAUGACCGAAAGUCUUACAUCUUCUGAAGGGUUGACGUAUCAGGAUUUGUGCUUUAGACCAACUCCAGAUUCGACAUGUGUAGUGGAGUCCUUCACACAAUACUUUAAAGGCGAAAUUCCUAAGAAAUCGUUUUGGGAGAGCCAGAUCAAAAUGUGCGCAAAUACGCCGGUCACUUGCCUUCCGACCUUUCAACAGCCGUUAAAAAAGAACUUACUGUUCAGUGACUUAAGCGAUGACGUAUUACAGUCGAACGCAUUUAUUGUGACACUGCUGGUAAAUAAUUUUACCGAAUCUGCCAACUUGUGGGAAGAACAACUAGAAGAAUUUCUAUUGGGUCUAGAUAUUCCGGAGGGAUUACGCAUCAGCUUCAACACUGAAAUGUCAUUAAAAAAGGAACUAAAUAACAACGGUGAUGCCAUCAUUGUCUGUUGUUCUUACCUAGUUAUGUUCCUAUAUGCGUCUUGGGCCUUGAAGAGGAGAGCUGGAAGGACACGCAUCCUGCUGGGGUUUUCCGGCAUAUUAAUUGUUGCAUCAUCUGUCAUAUGUGCCGCUGGUUUGUUGAGUGUAUUUGGAGUGAAAUCAACGUUGAUUAUUGCCGAAGUUAUUCCAUUCUUGAUUUUGGCAAUAGGUAUAGAUAACAUUUUCUUGUUAACACACGAAUACGAUAGGGUCACAGAAAUAUCAGGUCCGCUCAGCCCUAAGGAACGAUUAAUAAAAUCUGUUAUGCAUAUUUUCCCUUCCAUAUUACUGUCAUUCAUAUGUCAGGCUGGAUGCUUUUUAUUAGCUUCAUUUGUCUCAAUGCCCGCGGUAAGGAAUUUUGCACUAUAUUCCGCCACAGCAGUUUUAUUCAACGUUAUUCUACAGUCUACGGCGUACGUGUCCAUUCUGGAGCUUUACGAACGGAAAUAUUAUGAUCCUGUGUUCGUGAAGAUUAUUAUAACAGGACAAGACAAUAUUGAGAUUGAGCCAGCCCAUUCGAAGGCGACCCAAUACUACUUCAAAUUAUUGUCCUACAGAAAAUCUAUAAUGUGCUCUUUUAUUACAGUUGCACUAAUCUCCAUUCUAGUAUUACCUAAAAUUCAGUUUGGUCUAGAUCAACGACAGGCAGUGCCACAAACAUCCUACUUAAUUGACUAUUUCAAGGACGUCUACGAGUACCUGAAGGUUGGCCCCCCUGUUUACUUUGUUCUAAGAAACCUUGAUUUAACCAAGAGGUCAAACCAACAAAGAAUCUGUGGGAAAUUUACCAGUUGUAUAGAGAACUCCAUGGGUAAUAUCCUAGAGCAGGAACGAACUAGGUCUACAAUAACAGAACCUGUUGCUAAUUGGCUUGACGACUAUCUAUUGUACCUUUCCCCUGGGCUGGGGCAAUGUUGCAAAGUGCAGAAAGGUACAGAUGACUUGUGUACACCGGAAUUAGGAGGAGAAAACUGUGAGACAUGUUUCAAACAUGGCGAAUGGGAUUACGAUAUGGACGGUUUCCCUGAAAAUGAAGAAUUUAUGAAGUACUUCAAUAUGUGGAUUAAGACACCGAGCGAUCCAUGUCCACUGGGAGGUCUUGCACCGUAUUCGUCUGCAAUCUAUUACAAUAAUUCCAACGUAAUAUCAUCGGUAUUCAGAAGUGCACACAAACCGUUAACGUCCCAAGAUGACCUCAUCUCUGCUUACAACGAUGCAAUCAGGAUAACUGACUCCCUUAAACCAUUGGACUUGUUUGCAUACUCACCGUUCUACAUAUUUUUUGUCCAGUACCGAACUUUGCUAUCCUUAACAGUAAAAUUGCUUACUGCUGCCCUUGUCCUGAUAUUUGUUGCCGCAUCAACGUUACUUGGGUCCAUCAGAACUGCCUGCCUGCUGAUUGUAACUGUUUGCAUGAUUAUCGUCGACAUUGGUGCACUAAUGGUUGCCUUUCAAAUUUCGUUAAAUGCUGUGAGUUUAGUGAACUUGGUCAUAUGCGUGGGGUUAGCAGUAGAAUUUUGCAUCCACAUCGCUAGGGCUUUCACAAUGAUCAGUUCCUCUGGCAAGACAGAUCGACAGGCCAGAAUGCAUGACGCAAUGUCCACCAUUGGAGCAUCUGUAUUCAAGGGUAUCGCGAUGACAAAACUAAUUGGUGUUUGUGUUCUGGCCUUUGCACACUCUAAGAUAUUCCAUGUCUACUAUUUCAGAAUGUGGCUUUCUCUAAUCAUUGUCGCAUCUUUACAUGCUCUGGUCUUCUUCCCAGUACUGAUCUCGCUGCUCGGUGGCACUUACUAUUUUGAUGACAUCGUUGAGCACGCAUACGUUGAUAACGAAGAAACAACGCCUAUUUAA